GGUAACGUAUUCCAUUAUUCCAAACUCCGCGGGAAGUAUGUUGUUGUUAUUUGUGUUGAGUCUGUGUGGUAAACGUGAAUGUUUAAAGAGUGAUCACAGAAAAUGAAAUAUACUGGUAGUAUGGGGUGUAAGUUAUCAUAUGAUAAUGAGGCAAAGCUUUAAAAAAGUUUUGAUCCGGUGUUAGAUAAUUUUACACAGUGUUUGACAGGUAGUCUGCAUCAGUAUGUGCUACACUGUGGAAGUAAGAUAUCUCGGUUUCAAUUAUCAGAUAUGUGCUGUGAAGAAAUACCACCAUGAGCACUAUGAAUGCCUGUCUCCUCAUUCCACAUAAACGAGAUGCUCCUGUUUUGAGAACAACAUUAUUGACUGCCUGGUCGUAACAUGGAUCAGUAUGAAAAAUUCAAUGGCUACCACAAAAUGGAUAGUGUUAAGAAGAGGAUUCCUGAUUACACUGAUAUAGCUUACCGGGAAGCUGUAGCCAGGUUAAGAUAUCUGCUUGCAGAAUCUUAUUCAUCACGUGGAACGCCUACAAAAUUAUCACAUUUUCAUUCAACCAAGAUAGAAGAUAGUGGAGAUGAAACAGAUGCAUCAGCUGUUGUGAGUGAUCGGUCGCGGCAUGUUUCAUAUCGUGCUCCCAUCUUUGAAACCAAAUACAGUGUAUAUCCAGGACUUGCUGUGAAAUCUUGUAGCCAGCUGCAUGGACCUCCAACACAACUGCCAGCAACAAGAGGAACUGCAUCAGUAGCUUCUGGUGAUGAACCAACAUCCAAAGCGUCAGCUACUCAGCCACCACCAGAACUGAUGGCGUACAUUGAAAGACAGGAAGAGUAUAUAGAACAGUUGGAGAAGGAGUCGCAGUACUGCAGAGAAGAACUGUCAAACCUGAUUGGCAGAGUAAAAGACGUGAUAUCAGAAAAUGAAGGACUACAUGAGAAAGAAAAAUCUGGUUUGCUGAAAUCAGUAUUUGAAUCUUUUGAAAGUGGGGAAGAUGAAGAUGAUGACGAUGCUGAUACAUCAGAUGAAAAGAAGGAAAAGAAAAAAAUGCAGCCAGCUAAGAAGAAGCGUCUGGAAGGACCUAGCAUAGUGUUUGAGUCAAGAAUAAGUGAACUGGAGGCGCAACUUACACAAACAAAAAUUGAUCUUAGAAAGGCACUAGAAGAAGUUGACAUGUAUAAGAAGAAACUGGCUGAUGUGCAGUCUCAUUCAUUCGAUGGAAGUUCCAUUCCAAAUAUUGAAACUUACAAACAUCAAAUUGAAAUUUUACAAAGGGAAAAGGAAGAACUUAAGGAUAAUAUGGCUAAAUUGAAUAUGGCUGUUGCUCAGAUCAGAGAAAAAGAAGCUGAUGCAACUCACAAGGCCAAGAGGACGUUAGAUGUUGCUGACCAAGCAGAAUUUGAGAAAGCUCAGGCAGAAAUGGAAGUACGUAGGUUGAAAGAGGAGCUGGACCGCCAGCAUGAGAAACUACGUGACCUUCUGCAAGAGCAGGGCCGAAAAGUACAAGAAGAACGGGCAGCAGCAGAAAGACGAUAUGCUCAGCAAGUUGAGCAGCUGAGUUCUGAUUUAGCCGUGCAGUGGGAUGCUGUCGGAAAGCUACAACUUGAACUAGAGCGGGAGCGUCGCAUUGAAGCAGACUUGCGCCGUGAACUGCAGCAGAAAAAUUGUACUGUAGAAGAACUCAAAAAGGAAUUGCAUACAAAAAUUGCAGGUCUCCAGAGUGAGGCAUCACAGAACGCAGCAGAACGUGGUUCCUUGGAGCAAGAGCUUACCUCAAGUAGACUCAUGAUUGAGCGAGCUGAACGUGAGGCACGGCAGGAGGCAGCUCGACUUCAGGCUGAAAUAACAGCACUUCGACAACGUCUCGAUCGUGCAGACGGAGAUCUCUUGCACAGCAGGCGUGAAAACCUACGGCUUUCUGAACAGGUUGCAUCACUUGAGCGAGAGCUUAACCUAGCAAAAAUGGCUAAAGAAAGUGCUACAAGAGAUGCUGGUAUUAGAUCCUCUCCAAGUAAACAGUCAGGUGGAAGGGAAAAAGAGCUCUCAUCAAUGAUUAUGGAUAUGGAAGCUAAACAUGUCAAAACUGUUGCUGAACUAGAAGGUAUGAUUCAGUCCCAGAAUCUAGUCAUGGAAAAACUGAGAGAGGAGUGUCAUUCUCUAACAAAGAAGCUGGAAGAUUCCUCUGCACGACACAAGGAAGAAAAAACAGCAUUAAAGGGGGAGAAUGUGAAUUUACUGGGAAAACUUGAGCAGGUGUGGAAAAACUAUAAGGAGCUGCAAAAGGAAAAUGUUAAGCUUAGUGCUUCUGAUGAACUAUCAGCAGAAAAGGAAAUACAGGCAACACAUUUGGAGAGGAGCAAAAUGAAACGGGAGACAGGAGGCUUGAAACAGGACAGUAUGAUUCACAACAAGGCUAUGAAGAACAAAUCGAGUACCCUCCCCACCAACAGUAUGAGCAACCAGAAGAAUUUGGUUACCAAACAGAACAGCAGCAGCAACAGCAUGAAGAACAGCAACCUCUACAACAAGAGCCGCAGCAGCAGCAGCAGGAUCAACAACAACAGCAACAGCAUCCAGAAUACGGAACACAUGAACCUCCAUAUGAGCAAGACCCAGGCAUCCUCCUCACUGGACCACCUCCUCCUCAGUCCAUGGAGGCGUGAGGUGGCUGUACCUCCACUUACACUGGAAGAUUUAGCUACUGACAGCGAUUCAUGUGGAUCGCAGUCUGCACAGCUAGAUAUCUUCAAGUAGCAGCAACCUUCACUUAGACAGCACAACAAAAACUGUUAUUCCUCAAUCUUUUUUUCACGAUGUUGAUAAAUAUGCACAGAACUUCAUUUCAUUGUGCAUUGGUAUUCUUGCGUACAUAUUUAUGAUGUCAUCUAAAUUUCGUGUACACAUAUUUUAGUUAUUAAAAUUGUUUAUGUUUGUGUAUAAAUAAGAUAAGAGGACUAUAUAAGCGAAAAGGAUAUCUUUAGGAGACUGGCAAACAAUUUUCCAUUUCAUGUAGCCUAUUAUGCAGGAAUAUAAUUGAAAUUACUAUACAGAAAAUACAGCCUCAUGCUUGUUUUUAUAAUGCAUGUGUCAUGCCUGUACAUCUUCAUUGUUCUUGUUGCUGCGGGACA